AUGGUUAAGAAAUUGGAAAUCGGCUGUGAUAUAUUGAUUUGGUUGAAUCUUGGAUUGAUUGGUGGUAGUGUUCUUGGUAGCUUCCGGACAGUGAAAGAAAGGCUGCUAACUAUUGGAUUAGCUGCCUUAUCUCUAGAUUUAUUUGUGAGGCCUCAGAGUGCCUUCUUCAUCUUUAUGGAAGAAUUUCGGAAGACGUUCAAGGAAAAGAACCCUAAUAACAAGUCGGUCACAGCGGUUGCUAAAGCUGGAGGAGACAAGUGGAAAUCUUUGACGGAAGAAGAGAAAGCUCCAUACGUAGCUAAGGCAGCAAAGCUCAAAGCCGAUUACACCAAAACCAUGACUGCCUACAACAAGGGCCAGUCUGGUGGAGGAGGAGGAAGUCGUGCUGCUGCCACAGAUGAAGAAGAAGAAGAAGAAGGCGAGGAAUCUGACAAGUCAAAAUCCGAGGUGAAUGAUGAGGACGAGGAUGAUGAAGAAGAAGAGGAUGAAGAGGAUGAUGAAUGA